CGCCCACUUUAAAAGAAAAAAUAAAUACCCCGACACUUUCCUCCCAAACGGCCUAACUUUUUCUUAAUCUCUCUGUCUUUGUCCUUUUUUCCCUUUGAUUUCUCUCUCUUUCUGUUACCCGAAAGCCAAGCUCUCUUUCUGAAGAUCUACUGUCUCUAUUUUCUGUGCUGUUGGGCGUCGAUUCUCGGCAUUCAUUUAUUCUUCAUCAGGCAUCACUGCAUCAGCACCACUGUUGCUCAACCAUUUGUUACUGUUAGACAUGGAAGCUAUCAAGAAGCAAGCUACCAAGCUCAGAGAGCAAGUUGCCAAGCAACAGCAAGCAGUACUUCGGCAUCUUGGCCAUUUUAGUAAUGAAGACAUAACAGUCGAUGAAGCUGAGCUUCAAUGUCAUCAAAAGCUGCAAGAUUUAUACAUUUCUACAAAGGCAGCUAAGCAUUUGCAGCGGAAUAUUGUCCGUGGCAUAGAAGGUUUUAUUGCAACAAGCUCAAAGCUGCUAGAAAUAGCUAGGAAGUUGGCUGAUGAUUGUUGCAAAUACGGAGCUGAGAGUCAAACCACUGAUUCUUCUCUUGCAAGAGCUGCCCUUCAGUUUGGUAAGUCACAUAAAUUGAUGGAAGAUGAAAGGGAGACCUUGCUUGGGAUCCUUGGUGAACAGGUUUCUGAGCCAUUACGGGCAUUAAUUACAGGUGCUCCUUUGGAGGAUGCUCGGCACUUGACCCACCGUUAUGACAGACUCCGCCAAGAGGUUGAAGCUCAGGUAUUUCAAUAUUUUAAAAUUUGGAGUAGACCAAUUUGGACUGUUAAAGUUCUAUACUGUUGGAAUUCUGGUUGGUCAGAUCAUUGACCAGAAAAGGUCAAAUAUCAGAAAUUUGGCAUGGUCUUCUUCGCCUGCAGUCUAACUGUAAUCUCUUGACCUUCUUAUAAUUGCAUGGCCCAGCUAGUUCAUUAAUAGUAGUUUAAUUUAGUUAACUAAAACAAAUUUGAUGUGCUCACUGACAGGAUAAUCAAAUUGUUUUUUCCCUUUUUUUGUGUGUGGUGUCAACCAAAACUGUGCUUGUACCUCCUGUCUAUCUCAAGCCAAAAAAAUACCAAUAACAAGAGACACAUAAAGCAGGAGGUUUUUAAACACAUAAAUGUGGAAAGAAUCAAAUACUUUAUUGACUCUUAAGUGUAUAACCUUCCAAAAUUUCAUC